UUUCUCCAUCAGAGUUACUGGAGCUGUUGAGUAAUAACACACAGAAAGAGGAAGCGAGACUGAGAAAUCUGAACACCAUGAUUAUUGAUCGAGUUUGUGAAGGCUAUUCGGGGUUCGUGGACACCGACGCGGACGUCAUGACGAGCCCGGUGAACCUGUGGUCGUUUUACGGAUGCUGUUCUCCCGGAGCGGAGCCGGGACACGCGUCUCCGUGGCAGGCGAGCAGGGAGUGUGAGGAAGGCGGAAGCACCGCGGGGAGUCCACAGCGCCCUGACAGCGGCUUCAGCAGCGGCUACGUUGAAGCUCAGGAUGGUUCACGGCAGCUGAGUCCACAGUACCAGGGUGUGCGCGUGAAAAACACAGUAAAAGAGCUCAUUAUGCAGAAACGGCACAGUGAAGUACAGGUGCAGCCAAAUAAGAAUGAAGUUGAAUUCCCAGUCAUAACUACUUUGCUUCAGAGUGGAAAAAGAGCAGCUGAGAGUGCCUCACCUCACUGCGUCACUAAAAGACCUGCCACAGAACACAACAAUGUCCUGUCUCCAUAUCUUUCAACUGAGAACAUCCUGAAAGAGCAAAACAUCUCUGAGGGACUCUGUGACAUCUUCAGCAACACUGGGCUGUCUAUCGAGUCGGUGAAGGUGCAGGGCAGCCUGAUCUCAAUCUGCCACCCACCUCAGGAGACACACGAAGCACUACCUACCCUCUAUGCUACCACAUCUAGCCCACUUUAUAACAGCUGCCAGGCUCCUCAGGUUACAGAGAGCCCAUACACACCUCCAUUCCAGAGCCUGAGCCCACAGCAUGGAUUUGGGCCCAGUGGGAAUACAGCUCCUCCAAUUUCCUUUUUCCAGUGGCAGAUCCAGCAGGAGGAGGAGAAAGUGGCUGGUUUGAGCCCUCUGGAUCUCAUCUCUAGGGAUGGAGAUGGAGAUACGUUCCUCCACAUUGCGGUGGCCCAGGGUAGACGAGCCCUGGCCUACGUGCUCGCCAGGAAAAUGAAUGAUAUUGGCAUGCUCGAUGUCAAAGAGCAUAACAACCAGAGUGCAUUCCAAGUAAGCGUGGCAGCCAACCAGCAUCUCAUUGCGCAAGACCUCCUUUCAAUGGGAGCCUUAGUAAACACUACAGACUCCUGGGGCCGCUCCCCCCUUCACGUGUGUGCUGAAAAGGGACACACUCUGAUUCUACAGGCCAUCCAAAAAGCGAUGCAGAAUAAUGGCCUGAAGGUGAACAUCGAGGCAGUCAACUAUGAUGGUCUUACCGCUCUACACAUGGCUGUCCUGACCCACAAUGCAGUGGUGCAGGAUCUGAGCCGUGUGGCAGCACCUCAGUCUCCCCAAACCGCAGCUCUGAUGCAGAAGAGGAAGAUGCUCGGCGAAUGUAUCAACACUCUCCUGCUUAUGGGUGCAUCUUAUGGUACAAAGGAUCGCAAAAGUGGACGUACUGCCUUGCACAUGGCUGCUGAGGAAGCCAACGUUGAGCUUUUGCGUCUUUUCCUGGACCAGCCGGACUCUCUUUCUGUGAUCAAUGCCAAGGCAUAUAAUGGCAACACAGCACUGCACAUGGCUGCUGCGCAAAAUGGCCGUCAAGCGCAGGCACACGCCGUACAGCUGCUGAUGAGGAGAGGAGCUGAUCCUAGUGCCAAGAACCUGGAGAACGAGCAGCCCAUUCAGCUCGUGCCUGAGGGGCAUGUCGGGGAUCAGGUGAGAAGGAUCCUGAAAGGCCGCGGCCCGCAGGUUCGUUCCUGCUUGCUGUAGUAAGACCGAUCUCGCCCGAUCUCCGUCCGUCAGAAACACUGUCAGUCAGGCAGUCCGAUCUGUGUACAGUCUCAUUUGCCGGUAUAAGGCAGAUGUCAGUUGUUUCUAUGAAACAAAGUUAACAUUGUUCACUACUGUGUAGUAGAAGAGAAAGGGAAGUUGAGCUCAGAGUACAUGGUACAAGAUUUUUAAUUAGGAAUUAACAAACAUGAAAUGAAAAGAAAAACAAACAGGAAAAAAUUAAGAGUUUAUGAAAGUUACAGUGAAAUUUGCAUCUGUGACACCUCUGGGCUCUGGCGUGUAAAGGGUGGUUUUCCAUUAUAUCGUUAAUUCUAAUAUAUUGUGAUAUAUAAUAUAUGUAGUCAGCAUGUGUACUGGUGUUUGGGUUUUAUUUUAUUUUAUUUUAUUGUAUUUUAAUUAAUCCAUUUUCCAAGAGAGUGCUGGUGGAAGGCUAUGUAUGGAAAAACAAAGUUCAUGGUUAUCAGAAUGAUUAACCAUUGCCUAGUCAUCAGACUCCAGCUCUGUGCCAGCUUCCUCAUUUUUCUAAUGUUCUCUUGAUCUGAAACGAUAAAAUAAGCUAAAAUACCUUUCAGCAUGCUGACCUUGAAAAUGUGGGCAGCUUGGAAUAUAUUCAGAUUUGCAGAUGCCUAUUUAAACACAGCUAUUUAAUUUUUGUGUGUAAAGUGCAUGAAUAAUGUUCAAAACAUAACACUCAAGGCGUUUAUGAUGACUUUAUCUAUGCCAUAUUUUUGGUUGCACUUAUCGUAUGAUCUUUGUUAUCUUUAGCGUGCCAACAUAUUAAAUAUGUCACGAGUUAUAAGGAUUACAUUUCUAUUACAUUUAUGUGUAUAUAUCUGUGUCUGUAUUAGUUUUUUGCAUAAAUAAUCUAAACAUCUUGAUUACACUGGUGAUGGGGUUGCAAAGUGUACAUGUAUAAGUCAUGUUGGUGAAUCAUAAAUAAAGAUUUAAUUAUAUAAACCUCAUCAUGUGUACAUGUAUAAGUCAUGUUGGUGAAUCAUAAAUAAAGAUUUAAUUAUAUAAACCUCAUCAUGUGUACAUGUAUAAGUCAUGUUGGUGAAUCAUAAAUAAAGAUUUAAUUAUAUAAA